GCUUGAUCGCACUCGUUCAGCGGCCGGCGCGUGCCUUCGAAACGGGGCAAAACUGCGAUGGCGGCAUCGUCCGGUGCCUACCCGAGCGUUGGCGAGCUCGCGCUGCGUGCGCUGAGCAAGUAUCGCUCGGAGUUUGGGUCCGAGCCCGCGUUCUACGGAAGUGCGCCGGGCCGAGUCAAUCUGAUCGGCGAACACGUGGACUACUGCGAAGGCCUGGUCCUCCCAUGCGCCAUGCCGCUGUACACUGUGGUCGUUGGAUCCCCUGUCGUGGGAAGCAGCGUGUGCAAUGUCCACAGUUUAGACUAUCCCGAGCCUGCAAGCUUUCAGCUGCCGACGGAAGAGAGCCCUCUGAAGCCCGGUGAACCGUCGUGGAGUAAUUACGUUCGGGGCGUCGUCGCUCACUUCCCAGGCAAGUCCCUUGCCUUGGAGCACGUACCCCUCAACCUGACCUCCGCGGUCAUUCUGGUGACCGACUCUAAAGUGAAGCAUGCCCUCACCGGUGGUGAAUACGCCAAACGCCGCGACAGCUGCCAGGCUGCGAGCGCCGUCCUCGGCAAGAGCCUGAGAGAUGCUUCGCUCGAAGAACUCGAAGGCUGCCGGGAACGAAUGACAUCCGAACAGUACCGGCGGGCUCGGCACGUCAUCUCUGAAAUCCAGCGCACGGCCCAAGCGGCCAAACUGCUCCAAAAGGGCGACUUCCGGGGCCUGGGUGAACUCAUGAAUGCCAGCCACGCGUCUCUCAGAGACGACUUCGAGGUUUCCUGUCCCGAACUGGACAAACUCACUCAGCUGAGCUUGGAGUCCGGAGCGUACGGAUCUCGGCUCACGGGUGCAGGAUUUGGAGGAUGCACCGUGACGUUGGUGGAGGAGAAACUCUUGCCAGCUGUGAUGGACAACAUCAAGAGUAACUACAAGGGACAAGCCUGUUUCUACAUCUGUGAGCCAUCGGCAGGGGCACAGUACGGAUGCUUGAGCAGUCUCACGAGUGUGAAGAACAGCUGAAGCGUGUCUGUGCUUUGAGCAAGAAAAGAAACUGUUUGCUCUCAACAGCAACCAGAGACUGAAAGGGACAGUCUGUCCAUUGUAGACAUGUAGUGGCGAUUUAGAAGUUCACUAGCCCAAUGCGGUGUCAUAAAUUUCGACAGUGCAGUUUGGACAAACUCCUUUCAAAAAUGUAACGUAGACCUCAAUUUUAUCUCAUACGAAUUGCCAUACUGGGCACUUAGAAAUUGGUUAUAUAUUUUUGAAAGAGUAGUGCCAUCAGUCUAAAUCGAUGUAGUGGUUCAUCUUAGGGUCUCUUUAAACGAGUGUGAGAUUGGAGGUUGCCGCAGCCUUCAAAACUGCAAGAGUCAAUGACCCCCCCCCCCCCCUUGUGUAUGUACCAUAUAAAAGCAUGAAAGGCACAGAGUAACGAAAACGACGAACGCAGUGAUUUCCCUCUGUUGUUUCAUAUGUUCGUGUUAUUUUCAUUCUAA